AUGGGCAAGCCCAUGCACAAGCAGAUUGCUUGGUCGUCGGAGAUGGACCUUGCCUUGCUGCGUGAGGUACUCCGAGUCGAGCCAUACGACGGAGAGUACGGCACGCUGACAGUGCGUUGGAAGACCAUCGCCUCAAAACUGUCCUCUUGUUUCGAGUGCACCAUACCCUACCGAUCGGCCCGCGACCACUUCGAAGUCAUGCUUGAAGGAUUCAAGGUCACAGACAAGGCACAGCGCAUGUUCGGCACAGGCAGCGAAGAAGAGGUCACCGAGCAGGUGCAGAUCCUGCAAGACAUCGUUGAUCGCAGAGCUGUGAAGGACGAAGUCAAGAAGACGAAGAAAGACAAGGAGCAAAAGCGUCGCGAUUCGUUGGAGUCCACGGGCUCACAGCUGUGCGUGGAGGCCGAGCAGCGGGUGGCCAAGAGACAGCGAAGUGUGGGUCCGACGCCGAAGAAAGAAGACCAGGAUAUUCAAGAUCUUCUCGAAGUUGAGAAACAAAAGCAUACUGACGACCAUACGUAUAGAAUGGAGCGACUCGAGUACGAAAAUGAAGAACAAAAGCUACGGCUGGCUCAAAUGGCCGAAGGUGCCAAGCGAAACGAGCAAUUAGAACGACUCUUGUUAGAGAUGGGAAAGUUGAUCCAAGUCGUUGCGGAAAAAUCAAAUUAA